UGAUGUCGUAAAAGCCUGGUGACCUGAGGACUCGGUCAUGUGACAGGAGCUGGGGGUUGCACCCGGAAGGUGUUGGAUGGGGCAGAGGGGAUGGCGGCUGUCACCGUGGGUCCCGGGUUAGCUUCUCCCGCCCCUGGACUGGGAAUGGGACCGGGGCCAACGGAGGGGGCGGACGCUCUUUUCGUGGCAUUAAGCGCCGGCAUCACGACCUUGAGCCACCCGCUGCUAUAUGUGAAGCUCUUGGUGCAGGUUGGACAUGAGCCUCUGCCUCCAACAGUUGGAAGAAAUUUAUUGGGAAGGAAAGUGCUUUACCUACCUGGCUUUUUUACAUAUGCCAGGCAUAUUGUGGAUGUGGAUGGGAAAAGGGGCCUUUUCCGUGGCCUCACUCCUCGCAUUAUCUCUAGCACUUUAUCCACCAUAAGCCGAGGGCGAAUAAAGAAGGCCUUUCCUUUGGAGGAUAUGGAACAUGUCUCUAACAAGGAUGAUGUGAAAACGUCCCUCAGGAAAGUGGCAAAAGAGACUUCUCAUGAGAUGAUGAUGCAGUGUGCAUCCAGGGUUAUCUCUCAUCCUCUGCAUGUGAUCUCUGUGCGUUGUAUGGUCCAAUUUGUAGGACGGGAAGUUAAAUACAGAGGUGUGUUUAGCUCCAUUGGGACAAUUUGGAAAGAAGAAGGACUCUUGGGAUUCUUUGUAGGCUUAGUUCCACACAUCCUGGGUGACAUAAUUUUUCUAUGGUGCUGCAACCUUCUGGCUCACUUUAUCAACACCUAUGCAGUGGAUGACAACUUCAACCAGGCCUCUGUGAUCCGGAGCUACACCAAAUUUGUGAUGGGGAUUGCUGUGAGCAUGCUGACAUACCCUUUUCUUCUUGUGGGAGAUCUUAUGGCAGUGAACAACUGUGGGUUACUUGCGGGCCUCCAUCCAUAUGCCCCUGUGUUCUCCUCUUGGAUUCAUUGCUGGAAGCACCUCAGUGCUCAGCUAUGUGCCCUUGAAUGCAGCAAAGGCCCACUCCUGUUUGCUUAUUCGAUGUCAAGUGCACCCAUAAGUGGAACAGUCACUCAUAGUUCAAGCAAGAAUAGAGAUGUUUGCCUGCUGAUGGGAUCAUCAGAGCUGCCCAAUGGAGAGGAAAAUUGGGGCAGCUCUUCAGAGGUUCCAGCCUGCUUUUUCGCAGAGCAUCCACACCAACAACCUUUCUUAUUGACUAAUCACACCUGGAAAGAAGAGACCAACCUAAUCUAUCAUAGAAGAAACCCUAAAAGCUUGCUUUGACAUUUCUGUUUAAUUUUGAAGUCAGAGGUGAAAGAGCCACAGCAUUUUCCUCCCAGCAUAUUGGACAAGGGUGGCUUAAGUUCUUAAGUUACUUGAUGAAUUUGCCUGUCAAAGGAAAGGAGCAACUCUUCUGUGCUGGUCAAGGCUUCACUCAAAGGGGGCAUUCUGGCUGGGUGAAAGUUAUAGUUUCAUCUGAUUUGGCAUGUGCAUGGCUUGCUUGGAUCAGGACUCAAGGAGAAACUGGUUUACAUCUUUCCCUGCACUGGUUAAACUAGACAAAUUUCAGGUUGGCCGCAAUCUCUCCUUCUCGGUGCCAGUGUUAGAAAAAUGGGAGGAAAGCUUAAGCUCAGUCAGUUUUGGCCUUUACCAAGGAUUAGCUGUCCUGUUUGUUAACCUCAACUUACACUGGAAUAGCUUCCCUACCUAGAAUUCAGCAGGGCCACAGCAAACAAAGUAGUAGUAUUACUGAAUUCCUAACACCGCCUUGUAUAAACCUGAGUCUUGGUUUACCAUAACAUGUCAAAGCAGCCUACUAUCCACCACCUGCAGUUUUCUGCGUGAUGCUCUCAAGUUGAAUGUUUGACACAUGUACUAAGUUUUAUCUGGGUUUUGUACAACCCAUAGUCCUGUACACUUGAAGACAGCCUGUACUAUGGGCAUGGAGGUGUUUCCCCCAGGAAUAUAAUGAUGAGUAUCUUAAGACCUGAAGUGAGUAUUUGCUCACUAGUUUGGUGAUGGUGAAGAAAUAGACAAUGCUAUUAAAGGCUGAGAUCUGAAGGGCCAAGCAUGCAAUGCCCUGUGCAUCGGGGCUUUUCCGCUGUUUUAUAUCAAUGUGUGAGCAACUUAGCUUGGAAUGGACAGUUACAAGAGUAAAACAUUCAUUUACCUUUCACAUAACACUGCUCAGUCUUGAUGCACAGUUGUGUUUCUUUAGCUAAAACAUAAAACCAUUUGGGCUGAUGACUCAAACUGCAGUAGAACCUCCUGCAAGAGGGGUCUGUUCAUGGGAUGGAUGUAUGCACAAUGAGAGUGCGUGCUCUUUGAAAUGGAUACAUUCAAAUCUGUGUAGUCACCUUUUCCCUUUGUUGAACUUUUACAAUAAAAAUAAAUUAUAAACAUGAAAGCUGAUGAAAGUAGCACAGGCCUAUGCAUGUUUACUCAGAAUUAAUUUCUGUGGAGAUCAGUGUGAGUGGUACCCAUAGAAGUACAUAGGGUUGCAACCAAAGAGUAAUCCUGUGGUUCCUGACUGAGCGUCUCAGGGACUAUAGGAUGGCUCAGAAACUCCCUCUGAGGUCAGAUGAUGCUCCAUCCACAGAAGGAGGAAGUCAGAGAUCCAGCACUGAUCUCCCACAGCUGGCAUGAAGAGCAGCAUUGGCUGCCUGUCCGAGGGCAGAAAAUCAAACUUAAAGAAGGGAGAAAGGGUGCAUUGUAGCGGUUGGGGAUGGAGGAAACUGGCAAUGCCCGGAUAUAAUUUAUCUUGAGCUACCUCUUUCCUUCCCACUCCAAAGCACCUUUUUUAGACAGGCCAAAAUGCCCAUCCAGCAGGUUCAGCCCAAUAGGGCACAGGACUCUGGGAAGUCUCUGAGUUCAGGGUCUUCUCAGCAGUGAGGUCAUAGCCCAAGAAUUGUACCCAUAGUGUAUUCUGGGAAGAUUCUACUUCAGAUUUGUUCACAACCAUGAGCUGACCAGGUGUCUUGAGACAAGAUGUAAUCUUCCAGCUUCAGUUCCCUAGCUACAGUAUAGGAUAAACUGGCCUAUGCUUUGGGCUCUCUGUAAUAAUUAUUGAUUUAAUGUGAUGAAGGGCUUUGAAGGUUCUUGUGUUACAUAAAUGCUGAGUUUUUUCAAAAUAAAUCUGUUGUGGAUAUUGCAUUUAACUGGAUGUCUACAUAGAUCUACCUCUUAAACUGUACUUAGCAACAGGGCCUGUCAAAGCCAUAAAUACCUUCCAGUUGGAGUGCAGAGAGCUACAGGCAUCAUUUUGCUUGUCCUUUGCUGGUCAGGCACAUUUUCGGAUAUGUAGCCUCUGGUUGUCUGAAACAUCUAGCCCUUACUCGUUAUUUCUCAAAUGGGGCGGGGGGUCUUCUGUGGCUCCCGUUGGUAAGCAUUCCAUUGUGGAAUGUUGCUGUCUCUUUAGCAAAGAAGGCUGACCUUCAGCUCAUGAUUCCUUUGUUGGCUUGCUAACUUACCUGCAAACUAAGGUUUGCUGAUUCAGCUCAUGACUAAUCGCCUAACAUGCUUAAUCCAUUAAUUUAAAAUAUUAUGGCAGCAAAGCCUUUUAUGGCAAAAUCCCAUGAAUUUGUUCUAGGAAGACGGAAGUACCCAUGGUUUAAAUGGUUGGUGCCAGGUUCAGCCGAUAGCAUCUCCUUUGUAGAAACAUGGUCCACAUGGCAAAGGCUCCUGUUUCUAACCUUGGGCAGCUACUGCCAGGCAAGGAGAAAAUAGUGGACCAGAUGACUAAUGGUCUGAAUUGAUAUAAGGCAGUUUUAUAUGGCUUGGCCUAAAGCUUUCUAGCCAUAAUUCUAGCCUAUUCUCUUAAGCAAGACAGUGCUUGGUAGGCUGCUGUCUUGGCUGUUGGGCAUAUGUUUUUCACUGGGUCCUGUUCUGGAGCUGCUUAUGACCAUAGUUGGGCUUCUGCAUUUCCAAAGAUACUCUAAGAAUGUAUAUUAAAUCAGUUGGAGAAUCAACUUUUGACAGUGGUUUUGCUGUAUAACUAAGGUAUUAAUAGGACCACAUAAUUGUAAUAUGUAAGCAGAGGGAGUGAUGUGGGCUCAGUGACCUUUUUCAUGUACCGGUAGAGGUGCAAAGUUCUCUUCUCUUUUGUAUAGAGCUAACUUUGCUUUCACCAUUGAUAUAGUAAGAACAGAUGUUGCAUAGGAGCUUUCCAGUAAACCAUGUUGAUCAAAGCUAGAGUAUUUGAUGCAGGAUCAUAUCUUAUAAGGGCACCAACAGCUUCUAUAACUGAAUUUAUAUUAACACCCCAUUACAGAAAUUCUGUGGGCCACUCACAAGCAGGCACGAUGUCAACAUGUGGGAUACAGCCACUAAAAACAAAUACACAGAAUUUUAAAUUCAGAAGCCCAGACUAAAUUUUUAAAAAAUAUAUAAAAAUAUGUUAUAUAUACUCUAUUUAAAUAGAAGUAUCUGUAUAUGAGCCAAAAAGACCACAAAGUCAGGUAGCAAAUGCGUCUCUCUGUGGAGAAUGUUCUGUAAUUAAGUACUCCUGCCAAAAAAGCCACCUCUCCAGUGGUUACCUGCUUCACCUCAUUUCACAGGGGCAUCUGGAGCAGGAUUUCAGAAUAACAUCUUGAGGUUCAGGGACUUUUAAAAAUUUAAUACUGCCUUUCCACAGAAAUCUCCAAGACAUCAGAAUAAGACAAUAAUGCCAUCACCAACAUGCUAAAUCAUGCUAUAACUUUAUAAUGAAUAUACAUAGGAGAAGGUGCUCCUUUGGUAACUAGUUCCAAGCUGUACACACACAAGGAUUUGGAAAUGGCCUGGGAGAAGCUCUUUCCUGCAGCUGUGACAUCAUGCAAUCAGUUCUCUGUAAAAAGCCAGCUAUGCACUAUUGCGGGACAAGUGCAGGCAUUUCUGGUUCAAGGGGUUGGAAGUACAAAAAUAGCACAUCAAAUCUGCUGAAAGAGGACACGCUCAAUUGGCUCUAAAACGUGGUUCUUCCAGCCAGUAAUAUGCUGGUCAUCUCCUAUUUUUGACAAUGAAGCAGAGCUCUUUUGAAUGCUGUACAUUAGGCCCAAUCCCCCCUUUUCAAAAAUCCGUGAAUUAACUGGCGCAGAGGGUAUUGCUCAUUUCCACCUCCUUUCCGAACAAAUGCUGCUGUGUGAUGCUCAUGUAGCUGAAUAUUCCUGGUGAACAAUUCUCUUGCCCUUUUCUCUUUCCCCAUCCAUGUUAGCAGCCUUCCCCGGUCUACCCCUAGGGACAGCCCCUCCCCCCUCCCCUUUUGUAUCUGCUUCCUUCCCAUUUUAUAUCUGGUUCUGGCAGCCACUUCCAUCUGGCAACUUUGAGUGCAUGGCAUAUCAACUCGAACAGCAAAUGACUUCUCUCCCUAGCAUGAUGAUAGAUACUGUUGUACAGGAAACUGCUGCAGCUAAGAAGUGCUAUACUUCAAAACUUCCACUGCUUUUGUGGCAGCUUGGCAAUUCUUUCAUUAACAGACAUCAGAGCACAAGGAAACAUGGCUCUGGAUCAUCUCCAGUCCAUAUGCUGGCCUUAAGACAGCCAUGAUUUAAAUUGUGAAGUGAAUAUAGUUGCAAAGGGAGCUGGGGUACAGUAUGGAGGAACGUAUGUCAGUUGUUCACGCAAAACGGUGCUGACUGACUUGCUUACUUAACCGUCCAUGCAACAUGGACACCUGUAUCUUCAGAGUCCCCUCUAAGUGGCUUUAGAUGACUCAUUAAUAUUGAUAAGCUUAUCAGCAAUUAAUGUUUCUCCCAGUGAAAGCUUCUUUCAACACAGUGGUGGGAAAGCUGCUAAGAUGUAUUUCAGAUGAGCAGCAGUCACUGUCACUGGAAGGACCAUGUUAAAAGACAGAACUAGAACGGGGCAUCUGUUUGAAAUUUAGUACCUGGAAAAAAAGGUGAAAUAAGUGUGUCUUUGCCCAAAUUUCAUAUUUAGACAUCAUGUUAGCGUGAAAUUGAAAAUGGUUCAUUUUAAAUAAGUAUUUACCUAAAUAUUCAGAUUCUUCACACUUGCUGUUAUCUUUUCAUUGUAUUGUGUUUUUUCUGGAAAUUUUUAAAGAUAAAGCUCUUAAGCUGCCACUGUUUUCUGUUACAGUCAGGGAUUUAUGACAUAGCAACCUGUUGUUGACCAGCCACAAACAUGAUCCCUUUUUGUGUUAGCUGCUGCUUUUUAGAGGCCUUUACCCUCUUCCCUUUUUUCUUGGAAAUUAUGAGACACAAACUCCAACUUAACAUCUGAAGAUAGUGCUUCAAAGUGGCACAUUGGAGGAAGUGUCAUUGGUGUGUUUAUCACGCCUUUAUAAUUUUUGCACUCAGAUGUGUACAGUUUUUUGUUAAGUUGGUAGUUGGGCUUGCGCAAUUACACAUUCCAGAAUUUUCACAUGCCUAAAAAGGCCUGCCUUACCUGAGCAAUCCAGUGGGAUAUAUGCUUUUAAUACUCCUCAUGGUCAUAGACCCAAAAGUUGCCAAGAGCUUCAUUUCUGAGUUAGGUUUAUCUUAGCAGCUAUCAAAAGGCAAGUUGUCAAGACAAACCAAAGCCACAAGUGAUUUUUGCUUGCAAAAAAAAAAAGGAUAACCUAUGGAUCACCUUCUUUACAGUAAAAUCCUGAAGGGUUUUCUUUUCUUUUCUUUUUUUUUUGGGUGGGAGACUCCGUUGAGAGUUGUUGUCCCUGCCCUUUCCCAUGAUUCUAGGUGCUCAGGAAAGUGGCAAAGUACAGCACCCUUUUAUGGCUCCUUUUAAAAGAUUUUUUCCCACCAGGGCAUAAGUAUUCAUGCCUGUAUGUUAAUAGUUGUUGAUGGCUUGUGUAAAAAAGAAGUAGCUUGUACUUUUCCACCUUCCCAUGCAGCUGGAAUCUUGAGAAAGGGUGGGCAAGUGAGAAGACCCAGAGGAAACUGGUCCCCCAAAAGCACUGCAAAUGUUGUGAUCUACAUGUGUAUCCAAUUGGUAUUUAGUAUGUAGAAAGUAUUAACCUCUAUCGCUCCCGCAUGUGCGUGUAUUUGUUUGUAUUUCAUUGUGAUCUUAUGUCCAUGUUUUUAUAGUAUUGUAAGCUGCUGUUAGGGCAAUGCAUCCUAAAAGUGGGUUAAAAUAUUUUUAAUAAUAAUAAAGCUGUUUUGUUCUGUA